AGCCCCUUGGAGGUUUUCAUGAAUACCAGGAGUGUUGAAGUUGCUCGGGGUCAGACAGCGAUCCUGCCCUGUACUUUCACCACUAGUGCUGCACUCACUAACCUUAAUGUCAUCUGGAUGGUCACGCCUCUUUCCAAUGCCAACCAACCUGAACAGGUUAUUCUUUACCAGGGUGGUCAGAUUAUUGAUGGUGCAGCCCAGUUUCAUGGGCGAGUGGGGUUUGCAAAAACAAUGCCAACCACCAGUGCCUCCAUCUUCAUCAACAAUACCAAGCUCUCAGAUACGGGAACGUACCAAUGUUUGGUGAAUAAUCUACCAGACCGAGGAGGACGGAAUAUUGGAGUCAUUGGGCUCAAUGUCUUGGUUCCUCCAUCUGCCCCUGACUGCAGAAUUCAGGGUUCUUUGAAUAUUGGUAGUGACAUCACACUGAGUUGUAAUUCAGAAGAAGGCAUCCCUCGGCCAACUUACAAGUGGGAAAGGCUGGAUAAUGCUCCCAAGCUGCCUCCAACAUCCAUCCAAGAUCUAGUUCAGGGUACUCUUCUUCUGCGCAAUAUUAGCUCUUUGUCAUCAGGACGUUACCAAUGUAUGGCAUCCAAUGUCAUUGGAAGCAGCACCUGUUCUCUUGAAGUUCAAGUGAUUACACCUAAUCCUCGGAAUAUUGGUCUGAUUGCCGGAGCUGCAGCAACAGGGGCAGUUGUGCUUAUUGUCUGCAUUGUCUUGGUGGCUGUUACACUCUUUUAUUGGAAAAACAAACACAAGGAGGAAGAGGAGGAGGAGAUUCCCAAUGAGAUAAGGGAGGAUGAUUUGCCACCCAAAUGUUCUUCGUCCACAAAAGCCUUCCACGGUGAUGCUUCCUCAUCUGAAAAUGACACUCUCACCUCCUCCAAUACUUACAACAGCCGAUACUGGAAUGACCCCAAAGCCAACCAUGCUACAGACUCCUUCACUCACCUCAACAAUGAUGCACGGCGCCUUCUUCGUUCUGGAAGCACCAAUGCCCGUUCUAUAUAUGCUAAUGGAGGCCACCCAGCACCUCCUCCACCGAAGACAUUGGUAGUGACAACCAAUACAGCUCCAUCUCCACAGGAGAUGGCCAGGAGUAAUGGAUCUGUGAGUCGGAAGCCACGGCCCCAACACACAUGGUCCUACGCCGUAAGCCAAGCGACGCUGGAGAGGAUAGGUGCUGUGCCUGUAAUGGUACCAGCACAGAGCGAGCGGGUUCUUUGGUGUAAAAAAAGGGUUGUGGGUUCUGCGAAUUUGUUACAGUAAGUGGGAGUGAAGAUGGGCCCAAUAAGAGACUCUCUCUUCCUCCCUCAGAUGGAGGGGAAGAUCUGUGUUCUUCCCUUACCCCAGUCAACUGAACCCAACUGAUGUGAUGAUCCCUCCUUUAUUACCCCACCCUCAUGAUCUCAGGGGCUCCUCAGCUAUGGCUGUAUGUGCCAAGAUCAAAAGGAGGCCAUUUCAGGCAUCAAGGGAAGGAGACCAUACUUGCUUUCUAAGGUCUGCUAUACGACAUUUCUAUUAUGGAAUUUAUGAAGUCCAGAGGUCAGUAGAGCAGCUCAGCUGCCCUGGGGUUAGCCCAUUGCUGCUUGGCUCGAAACAGAUGAUGUUGAGGAGGAACUGGUGACAUUCUGCCUGUGACUACUGAUCUCAGAGUAAAAAAGCA